CAUUUCAUAAGGGCUCGUGACUCAUAAACGACAGGGCAGCAAGGCAGAGCAGGGACGGCCAGGAGGAAGGGCAGCUUGGCAGGGCCUCAGGUACGAUGUCCCAGGGAGGUGGGGUUGGAGCAGCUGGCAGUCAGGGCCAGGGCCCCGGCUCGUGGGCUCGCUCUGGGACUCCAGGUUGCUGGCUGCCUGGGCAGGCCUGGCCACUCACGGCCACAUGUCACAGGCUGGCUUUGUCUUCCUGCCUGCCUGGGGAGAAAGGGGAAGGAGGGAGGAACUUCCCUCUGUCCCGAUCUAAGAAUGAGAGCGGGAAAGGGAGGGGCCGAGGAGAGGCUCUGGGGUUCCUGAGGCUGGUGGUCAGCAGGCACCCUCAUUUUGUGGGAGCUGGACCACCGUCUUCCUCUUGCUGGUGUUACUGUGCAUCUUUUAUGGGUCCGAGGGCCCCAGCUCCGGUCCUGGCUGCCCCAGGAGGGAAUCCCAUCCUUGGAUGGGGUGGGGGGGGGGUGAAUUGGGGAAGGGGUGGGGGCAUCAAGCAUCCACCUGGCAACACGUAUUUCCUGGGCACUGCUGUGCGUGCCCGGUGCUGGGGCAGGGGUACCCAGUGGUUCUGGGACGUCUCAUCCUUGGGAACGGGCUCUGCCAGAGUCCAGGAAGGUGGGACCAGCCAGACCCACCCGGCCUCGAGGAGGGACUGAUUCUCAGAGGGACAUUGCUGGGGAACGGGUAGCCCGACCUCUCUGUAGGGUGGGGCUGGGGUUGGCUCAGCCCACAGGCCAAGGGUUGGUCCCCAGUUCCUUUGGUCCCCACUAUAGGGAGGGGACUCUGCCAGAGCUUCUGGAGAGCCUAUGAAAAUCCAGCUCAGGCUACAAGGGGAGAUCUGGGCUAUUAGGACCUAUGGGGUCACCAAGGCCGGCCCUGUGACGUCUGCCUCCGGCAGCCUGAUCGGGGUCCCCCAGGCCCUCAGACCACCAUUUUUAUCUCUGUCACCGUGGCCAGUUCCAUAUCCCUGCCCCUACGUGGCUCUUGUCUCCCUGGUGCCCACACUGGGCCGAGGUCUCCUCGGGCUCCUCCCCCGGGGUCUCCUCCCUGAAGCUGGCACAGGUGUCCUUCACAGUCUGUCUGAAUAACGAUCCUGCAGGGCCAUAGUCACCGAGCACUCACAGGGCUCGGCCCUGCACGGAACACUGCACCCCCGAACUCUCUCAACCAUGGGGCAGCUACAGGAACCAUCCCCAUUUCACAGAUGGGGAAGGUGAGCCACAGAAAAGCCGAGCCACCCGCCCAAGGACUCCUAGCCAACAAACAGGACUGCCAGGAUCCCGACCCCGGGUCAUCGGGCCCUGACACGUUAUACCAAAAGGAUGCCCUUAGGAGGCCUCUGGGAGCGCCGAGGAAACUGAGGCAGAAAGAUUGACAGAGCGGGCAGAGGCUGGGGUGGGAGGAGAGUAGGGUCUGCACCGAGGAUUGUUCGUCAGCAGGACUGGCCACGAUGCAGCGGGUGGGGGCAGGGCAGUAGAUUCCCAGUGAUGCUCUGGAGCCAGCAGACCCGAGUGCCCACCUUAUUCACCCCUCCUUAACCCCACGCGACCUCUCUGGGCCUCAGCUGCCUUCAGGGUCACCAUGCUAACAGCCACACUGCACCACCCCGGGCACCCAGGCUGGCACACUGCAGUCAGGGCCUGCUUAUCAUGAUGGUUAGGGGAGCCCCGGGCCCACGGCCUUGAGGGGUCGCGGCGUGUCCUCCCCCGGCCUCCAGGCCAUCCACUUAUUGGUGCCAUCAUCAACUGAUGUAGCAACUCCCACCACCCCACCCCCUGCCACCCUCACCCAGAAGCAUCAGGUCAGGAACAGAUGCGGCCGAGUGGGUAGUUGAAAGUGGGGCCCUCAGCACCGAGCCCGAGGGGACCAGAGGGGGAAGCAGGGUGGGGGCCGGCAGGAACAGCAAGGAGGAAGGGAACGGGAGCAAACAGCACGCCUGCUCCCCCUCGAAGGCCCCUCCUGAGCCCAGCCACACAGCCCGCCUGCCGGGCCCUGCAUCUGUAGUUCAGGCCAGCCCCCGAGGUGUCCCCUCUCCCCAGGGGUCGGGCUACCCCGCUCCCCACCCGGCCACGCAGGGGAUGAAGGGUGGAUGGUGGCAGCCCUGUGUUCCUCUGGAUUCCUCUGGAUUCCUCUGGAUUCCAGUUUUCUUUUUUUUUUUUUUUAACGUUUAUUUAUUUUUGAGACAGAGAGAGACAGAGCAUGAACAGGGGAGGGGCAGAGAGAGAGGGAGACACAGAAUCCGAAACAGGAUCCAGACUCUGAGCGGUCAGCACAGAGCCCGACGCGGGGCUCAAACUCACGGACCAUGAGAUCAUGACCUGAGCCGAAGUCGGCCGCUUAACUGACUGAGCCACCCAGGCGCCCCUGGAUUCCAGUUUUCAAUGUAAAGAAGCUGAGCGGUCUCGGCCACCUCCUUGCGGUCUCUGGGCCCAGGUAUCCCUCUCAUUGUGGGAGAGGACAUUGCCCUCAGCAGGCUGUCAUGGUGGUCAGAUGAGUCACACAGGCACAGGAAAUGUGAUUCAGCGUCCUUACGAGCCUCCACAGCGUCAGAUGUACCCGGGGGGUGAGGGGCGGGGCACGGGGGUGGGCUCAAGGACUCUAGCCCAGCCCGAUACACGAACCCCCUCAUCUGGGUGUCCUUUGUGAGCUCACAGGCCCAGGGUCCCGCAGAUCCCAGGCAGAAGGUGGCCUGGGCUCCUUUGCACGCCUGGGUUGUGCCCAGCUUCCCAUCCCCCAACAGGCCCCCCUCGGUCCCUCAGUCCAGAGUGACCAACCUGCUGGGGACACUAUCAGGAUGGACCCCUUCGCGGACACGCUGAGGCGGCUGCGGGAGGCCUUCAGCACAGGGCGGACGCGGCCGGCCGAGUUCCGGGCGGCGCAGCUCAGGGGCCUGGGCCGCUUCCUGCAGGAACACAAGCAGCUUCUGCAGGAGGCGCUGGCGCAGGACCUGCACAAGUCAGCCUUCGAGUCGGAAGUGUCUGAGAUCAGCAUCACCCAGAGUGAGAUCAACUUGGCCCUCAGGAAUCUGAGGGCCUGGAUGAAGGAUGAGAAAGUGCCCAAGAAUCUGGCCACGCAGCUGGACUCGGCCUUCAUCCGGAAGGAGCCCUUCGGCCUGGUGCUUGUCAUCGCCCCCUGGAACUACCCAGUGAACCUGACCCUCGUGCCCCUGGUGGGCGCCCUUGCCGCAGGGAACUGCGUGGUGCUGAAGCCAUCGGAGUUCAGCAGGAGCACCGAGAAGGUCCUGGCUGAGGUGCUGCCCCGAUACCUGGACCAGAGCUGCUUUGCCGUGGUGCUGGGCGGGCCCCAGGAGAUGGGGCAGUUGCUGGAGCACAAGUUCGACUACAUCUUCUUCACGGGGAGCCCUCGGGUGGGCAGGAUCGUCAUGUCUGCCGCCGCCAAGCACCUGACGCCCGUCACGCUGGAGCUGGGGGGCAAGAACCCCUGCUACGUGGACGACGACUGUGACCCCCAGACCGUGGCCAACCGCCUGGCCUGGUUCCGCUACUUCAACACCGGCCAGACCUGCGUGGCCCCCGACUACGUCCUGUGCAGCCCUGACACGCAGGAGCGGCUGCUGCCCGCCCUGCAGAGCGCCAUCACCCGCUUCUACGGCGAGGACCCCCGGAGCUCCCCGAACCUGGGCCGCAUCAUCAGCGACAAGCACUUCCAGCGGCUCCGAGGCCUGCUGGGCUGUGGCCGCGUGGCCAUUGGCGGCCAGAGCGACGAGAGCGAGCGCUACAUCGCCCCCACGGUGCUGGUGGACGUGGAGGAGACGGAACCCGUGAUGCAGGAGGAGAUCUUCGGACCCAUCCUGCCCAUCGUGAACGUGAGGAGCCUGGACGAGGCCAUCGACUUCAUCAACCGUCGGGAGAAGCCCCUGGCCCUGUACGCCUUCUCCAACAGCAAACAGCUUUCUUUCCAGCCUCAAGAUCCAAGCUAGGGUCCCACGUUGCAUUCAGCUGUCAUGGCUCCUCUGGCCUGUGACCAUCUCUCAGCUUGAGAGCUACUGGCAAGGUCUCCGGCACACCGUCCCCACUUUCAGCGGUCUGUGGUAUUGCCCAUGAGAGAAUUACCACGGAAGCAAGGGCUGGCCUCUGACGUCCUAUCAGGGAUCCGCAGGAUCCACACGUCGCGGGUGAGGUUAACCUUCACCGCGUGGCCGAGGUCUUGUCCGCCAGGGGUCUAAGAGAACUUCCUCUUUGGGAACGGUCACUAGCCCCCCUUCCACGGGACGGGGGUGGCUCAGCUCCACCUGCUGGAGGGGAAUCUGUGCACAGAUCACCUGGGAUCUGUCAGAAAGGUUUCGCUCUGGAAUCACUUCUUUGUAUCAGCGUGGACUUGCUCGUAUCUGCUUUAUCCUCUGGGUUACAAGGCAACACCUGGCUUGUUUCCUUGCUCAAGCUGUCCUGCUCUGGGCAGUGGGAGCUGCUAUGUCCCUCAGACAUCCAGCCCUCCAUUCAUCAAGUCACCCUUCUGUCUUCGGACCAUUUCCUUCCUUUCAGCGUCUACAAGGUGCUUUAGCUCAUCCUGUAUUUCCCUCGCCCAGCCCUAGAAUCAGCCAUUCCUCGAAGGAGCCUUGCUUUACCUGGAUGGGAUUAACUUUAGUGGGGCGCCUGGGUGGCUCAGUCAGUUAAGCAUCCAACUUCGGCUCAGGUCAUAAUCUCACGGUUCGUGAGUUGGAGCCCCGCAUCGGGUGAGCUCAAGCCCCGCUCUGGGCUCCAAACUCUCUCUGCACCUCGUGGGAUUCUCUGUCUCUGCCCCUGGCUCACUCGCACGUGCUCACUCUCAAUAAAUAAAAUAAGGUAAAACAUAAAAUUAAAAGACUGAACUUUAGAAAAUGCAAUCCGGGUUUUCCGGAAGGGGGUUGUCUGGCAGAGUGACUUUCAAGCUUUUCUGAAGGCCCAGCACUGCCUGGGAGACAGAGAAUCACACCUAUGAGGCUUGGCUGCCCCCGUGACUUGCCCCUACUCCCCGAGAAGCACCAUGACACUCCUGUCCCAUCUUUUGUCGCGAUUGUUGCUGGCCUCCACGUGAUUCCUGAGCCCCUGAUGGGGUGGGGGGGUUCACUCUACCCACCGUCCAGACAAGCCAUUAGCUCAGGAUCACGUGUUGAAGCUAAAUACAGCCAAGUUUUCGGCAACGACUAUUUAGCGUUUACUAAUCUUCUUUCCCUCUCGUUCUUCAAAUACACCUAUAGGUUAAAGAGAAAAGAUCUUCCUGAAGUCACGCAAGGGCCAAGUUAAUGUUUUUAAAAUACCAAUCUGGCUGUGUCGCCCUGGGUCAAUGUCCUCCCUGUGCUGCACACCGCGUGGGCCAGUCCCUGGGUCUCUGCACCUGUCCCUCCCUCUGCCUGGGGGGCCCCCUUUCCCCCUGAGAUGCCGCAGGUGCAGCUCAUCCCUCCUCUGGGACGCCUCCCUGACGACCUGGCGUUUCACCCUGAACUCUCCGUGUCCCCAGACGACCGCUGGGCUUCCCGCCUCCCUCUCGGCUCUAAGCCUGGAUCCCCAGCAGGGGCCACACGGAGCAGA